AUGAUCUCUCAGCAAACCACCGCUCCUCUUAGCAUCCCGAAGCGUCGGCCCGGUGCUGACGAAUGGGCUGAGUACCGCUCGGCGAAGUUCCUACGUCUCUUGCCCAGGGAUGCUGAACUCAAGGAGACGCGGGAAGUGGAGCUCAGUUACUUAUGCCUGGUUGACAUUGAGGAUGUCUCCGAAUUGAAGGGACCCGAAGGAGACAUGUCCACCGACAUCCGAUGGCAUCUGCAACGCAUGAGGGAGGAGCCACUGAGUGAAUGGGAACCAGAGGAGAAGAAUUGUGCGAUCCUCGUUUCGACGAACACCAACCUGGCCUUCAACGUCUGUUCCCAGCAUUUUGGAUCAGAGGCGAAAGCAGUGCUCCUCAUCCGGGAUGAGGACCCCAAGGAGCUCGAAGUCAAUGGUUGGAUCCCUCCUCCCACAAUAGGCAAAUCUUCUCCUAAGAUUGCUGCCAUGAUUCUCGGCGGAGGUACAUUGCAACUCCAGCCCACGGUUCUCACCGCGAAAGAACAACCGGGAUGGAACGAGUUUAGUUACCAGAUGGAGACGUCCCUGUCAUCCAGCUGA